AUGCCUCGUGGUCUGUUUAGAUUUCUCGGUCUUCUUAGUUUCAGUUAUGCCAGCACAACUUUUCAUUUCCCAGAGCUCAAGCCGGAGCUCGAAAAGUACCAGGACGCAUCUGAGGUGUACCCGCUCACCGAGCCAUUUUACGAGCUGUACAGGAACUACGAGGAAGACCCAAUAUUUGGCACUGCGAAAUGCUUGAAGUUCAGCCAGGCGCGCCCAGAAGAGGAUCGCGGAUACCCGAUAUUAGCUCAGUGGGGAGAAGACAACCAGACGAUAAUUGCAUAUGGAAAACUUCAAUCCAGUGAAGGGUAUACCGUAAAAAACAUGGGACUCUAUACGGUGGACGGUGUAGAUGGGUCACUGCCCUUAUACCUUACUUUCAUGGAGGUCGGCAACUGCGCAGUCGUUAGAAUCGCCUACGUUAACGAAGACGCAUGCGGCGUCAUUGUUCCCGAGAGCCAUCUUGGACAGGACACCACAAUCUGCGAUUUCGUGUACGACCUGUUGUGUGGUACUUAUAAGUACCAUCUGGAUGACGAGAAUUGUAACUGGUGA